ACCAAUACCUUCCACUUUUUUUCUCUAUCUCUCUCUCUAUUUCUGAUACAUUUUUCAAUCUCAUAAUCUCUUCCUCCCUAUCUAACUAUAUACCUCAACGUUAAGCUUAUAAUCAAAUUCUUCUUCAUCAACUGAAAAAUGAAGAUGCUUUCCACAAAAGCCACGUGCAACUCCCACGGUCAAGAUUCCUCCUACUUCUUAGGAUGGGAGGCUUAUGAGAAAAAUCCCUUUGAUGAAACUUCUAAUCCCAAGGGCAUCAUUCAGAUGGGUCUUGCCGAGAAUCAACUAUCAUUUGAUCUUCUUGAAUCAUGGCUUACAAAGAACCCAGAUGCAGCCAGCUUCAAACGUGAUGGCAAAUCAAUUUUUAGAGAGCUGGCUCUCUUCCAAGAUUACCACGGCUUACCCGCAUUCAAAAAGGCAUUGGUUGAAUUUAUGGCGGAAAUUAGAGGAAACAAAGUAACAUUUGAGGCUAACAACAUAGUCCUCACAGCUGGCGCAACUUCAGCCAAUGAAACACUUAUGUUCUGCCUUGCGGAGGCUGGCGACGCUUUUCUCCUUCCAACUCCAUACUAUCCAGGAUUUGAUAGAGAUUUGAAAUGGAGAACCGGAGUUGAGAUUGUGCCAAUUCAUUGCACUAGUUCCAACGGUUUUCAAGUCACCAAAUCCGCUCUAGAACAAGCCUACAAAGAAGCCCAGACUCGAAACCUACGUGUCAAAGGCGUAUUGGUCACAAACCCAUCCAACCCAUUGGGGACCACAAUGACCCGACAUGAACUCGACUUGGUUUUUGAUUUCAUAACCUCUAAAGGCAUUCAUUUGAUCAGCGACGAGAUUUACUCCGGGACCGUUUUCGGGUCUCCGGGGUUCGUCAGCGCGAUGGAAGUGCUUAAGGAGAGGAGUAGUGAAGAUGAGGAAGUUUGGAAAAGAGUUCAUACUGUUUAUAGUUUGUCAAAGGAUUUAGGUCUUCCAGGUUUUCGCGUUGGUGCAAUUUACUCUAAUGAUCAAAUGGUGGUGGCUGCCGCUACUAAAAUGUCUAGCUUUGGAUUGGUGUCAUCUCAAACACAAUAUCUUCUCUCAGCAAUGCUCUCCGACAAGAAGUUUACAAGAAACUAUAUUUCGGAGAAUCAAAAGAGGUUGAAACAAAGACAACAAAUGUUGGUGUCUGGAUUAGAAAAGGCUGGGAUUAAGUGUUUGGAGAGCAAUGCUGGGCUGUUUUGUUGGGUUGACAUGAGGCAUUUGUUGGAAUCCAACACGUUUGAAUCUGAAUUAAAGCUCUGGAAGAAGAUAGUUUACGAGGUGGGUUUGAAUAUUUCACCAGGUUCAUCUUGCCACUGCACUGAACCGGGCUGGUUCCGUGUUUGUUUUGCUAAUAUGUCACAAUCAACAUUGAAACUCGCUAUUAGAAGAUUGAAGUCGUUUGUACAAGAAUUGAGAUCCGUCUCUACUCCAGACGUUUCCGCUAAUCAUGACAACAAAUUUUGCAAGAACAUCAAGAAAAACAUUUUCACCAAAUGGGUUUUCCGGCAAUCGGUUCAAGAAGCCAACCGCAAGCUCCAUUAUGAACGAUAGCCUGGUUUUUACUGAACAUAUUCUAUUUGGGGGAUUUUUUUUUUCUUUUUUUCUUUUUGUUUUUAUCUUGUUGAAAUAUUACAAAUUUUAAAUUUUAAAUAUUGUAAUUAGAGAAACAAGAAAAGAAAAAUGCACUCGGUCCCUUGUGGGAUUAGUAGUGGCUUUAAUUAAUUAAUUAAAUUAAAUUAUUAAUCCUUUUCAUUAA